UAUUUCUGUGAUGUAUGUCCCAUGGGUUUGUUAUUAUUGUUCGUUUAUUGUGUGUAAUUCAAGAUAAAGUUAAAGUAAUAAUUUAUGUAUUAAAAUAAGAGUGGUUAAUCUUCUAUAUGAUUAAAUAUAUUAUCGGAAACAUGUCUUGUUGAAUAAGAUUAAAACUUUGACAUAUCACCUAUUCUAACCUCUUUAAUAUGUUAUAAUAAAGUUAAUAAUAAUCGCGAGUGUUGUUUUUAUGUAUUAGAUUUGAAAUCUAAAUUAUUAUUUAAAAAAAUGGAUUCGAUAUAUGGAUUUUAUAAUCAAAAAGCUUCAGAAAAAAUUAACAUAAAGGAAUAUUUUACUGAAUAUUCCGAAAUCACUAAACCUGUUUGUCCUAAUUUAUUGAAUUCAAAAGACAAGGAGAAUUCAUCUAUCCUUAAAUUAAUGCAAGUUGAUAUAUCAGAUGAGGAAAUGGAUUUGUUGGAAGAAUACUGCAGCACAGACAAUUUAACUGUACCUGAAGAGAUGCCUAAACUGGAAAUAGAACUACUACAGAAAUCAAAACUUUUGAAAGGGACAAUUAAUAUUACAAAAGAUCAUAACUUAAAAACUCUUCGAAAUUGGAAUGUGAUAAAAAAAAACAAAGCUAAUUAUCAGUUCAAAUAUAUUAUCGAAAAAUUGAUUUCUUAUAAAGAUGUCGAAAUAACAGAUAAUAACACAGAUAAUUUGAUUACACCGUACGAAGACAUUUUCAUUGACGUUAGAGUGUAUAAACCUUUUAUGCAUUCAACAAACGUAAUGAAAAAUGUAAAUAAACACUGUAAACCUAUCCUACAUCAUGUGAUAAGAGUGUUAGGAAGACAGAUGCUCACUGAUUUGCGCGAUAAGAUAGGAUGCAUGUGCGACUUAACAAUUCCAGUGGAAGUCAGUGAGAAUCCUAAUCAACCAUUACAACCGAUGGCAAAAGAUGUGUAUAAGUCUGGCUUUUUUUAUAUAGAAGAAACAUUUUAUAAUGACUUUAGAGAUCCAACAAAUAUAGAUUACAGUAGUCCGAUAAUAGAAUGGGCAAAGGCUAGACAUUUAGGACCAUUCAGUAUUGAUUUUAUGGAAAAUAUUAGAAUAGAUUCCCUUACUGUUCGAUUUGGUUAUCCAUGGCUUUACAUGCAUCAAGGUUCUUGCGAACAUAUUAUUGUAUUCAGCGAUGCAAGAUUGGCACAACCUCACGACGAAUUACAUAUAUCUGAAUAUCCAAGAAUUAUUAGGAUUAAGCAAGAAAAAACUGUAUACUGUUACAUGUGUGGAACUUUGGCUGCUCAAUGGAUUACAAAAGAACAUGAUAGAGUACCUCAUAAUCCUUGUUUUUUUUGUGAAAUUUGUUUUAAGUCGUACAAUUAUAUUAAUGGUGAAAAGAUAGGAAAUUUUAAAGCAUAUCGUUAUCCCUGUGAUGCUAGUAUUGCAAAAGAAACAUUAAUAUUUGACGAACCAGACGAGCAACAAUAUAGAAGAAUAAAAGAAGAAAACGUAGAACUAACAGAAAACGUUGACACAUAUAAAAAAACCAGAAGAGUGGGGAAAAUAAAAUCAGUCGAGUUACAUCGUGAUAUUUUUCUACUAUACACGUGGUCGUGUAAAAAAUUCGUCAAGAUGAUUGACGUUAAAACUAAAAAACGUAAAGUUUCUAAAAAAACGAAAAAAUCAUGGAGAAAACACGUUGACAUAACGGACGUUGACAAUUUUUUAGAAGAAGAAAGGUUAGAGGAAAGAUUAGGUGGGCCAGUUUCUCAAAAAUCAGAUAAAGAUUUGUUUGUAAUUGACAAAGGUAUUGCAACUAAGGAUAUUAAACCUGUUGAUAAAAAACAGCGUAGAUUGGCCUUAAAAAAUGCAGAGCCAAAGUGUUUUAGUAUGUUAAAGCCGCAUUCUCUUGUUCCUGAUCCAAUCGUAAAGAGAAAUCGUGUUAGAACUCCAGAAGAACGUAAACACCCAAUCCUACGUCGCAAGGAAUUAGAAAGAAAAACAAAGGGUAUUUUGAAAUUGAAAGAAAAACAAGCAAAACAGGAUAGAGCUUUAGCAGAUUUGAAAAGAGCUAAUCGACCUAAACGAGAUGAAUUUAAAGAAGAUAUUUGGAAUAAAGAAGAUCCUGUUUUAUCCAAAAUUGAUACAGAAUGGAUGACUUCAGAUACUAUGAGACAUACUCUUUCACAUAUGGGUUUAAAGAAAAGGAAAUUACCUACAUCCUUACUUAAAAAACCAUCAGCUUUACCAGCAAUAGAAGCUCCACAUCCUGGUAUAUCAUAUAAUCCAUCUUACAAGGAUCAUCAAAAUUUGUUAAAUGAUAUAGCUCAGAAAGAAUUACAGUUAAUGAAAGAAGAAGCUCAUUUGAAUAGAGUUACUACUAAUAUGUUCAAAAAGAUUUCACCCAGUGAGAAAGAUAAAAAUACAUUAAAGGAAUUGGCCGAAGGCUUGCCUUGUAAAGAAGAUAAAGAACAGUCCAACAGUGAUAAUAACAAUGAUGAUACCGAUAUAGAUCAUGAUAUUAAGUCUGUUAAUCCACCAGUAAAAAAUAAGAAGAAAACUUUAGUAACAAGACGUAAGCAAAAGGAACAAAAAAUUUUGGCAAAUAAAUUAGCACAAGCAAAAUUGGAAAAAAAGAAAAUAUCUGAUAUAUACAAGUUGAGAUUACUUCAAAAACAAAUAAGCAUUAAAGAAAAGAAAGAACAAAUGUUACAAAAGAAAAGAAAUGAAUUAAAGAAAUUAAAAUCCAAAGAAACGAAGACAUUGAGUAGAGUUAAAUUCGAACCUGCUGAACCUUCCUUUACGUUAGUAGAGGAAUUAACUGGAAAUUUAAGAAACAUUGGACGUAUUGGUAAUUUAUUAAAGGAUCGUUACAAAUCGUUACAGCAAAGGAAUAUUGUUGCACCAGCUAACCUUGUUGUCAAACGAACCAAGGCUAAGGUAAAGAGAUAUAUUAAACCGGAUCAUAAAAUAACGUUAAAGGAAUGAGGAUGAAAUGUAUUUAUAUAUAAAUAUAAAUAGCAAUGAUUAUAAAACUAUAUAAUAUUUUUUAAUGAAAAAUAAAUGGUGAAGUAAUUAAAUUUUUACAGAGUAAAAUAUUAUUAAAAACUGAUAAACUGUAUUGUUACUUAUAUAAGUUUCUCAAAUCAGUGGUUCUAAUAUAAAUUUAAUUAAUCAAAAAAUUUUAUUUUUGUUCCUUGAAAGUUUCAGUAUAACUUUAAUCAUUACUGAUUUUUGUUACUUCAAAUUCUUCUGAAACUGAAUCCUCUGCAUUUGAAUGUUCAAUUUCAAUAAAUUCCUUAACUGAUGGUGUCUCAAAUAAAAUUGAACUUUUAUCUUUCAUUAAAACUU